UGGAACCCCGAGGGCACGGCAUGGCGGCCCAUGCGGACAGCUCGCGUUAGGACCCAGCGGCUCCGGGGCUGGAAGGCGGGCGCCAGCCCCGUCGGGGGCCCGGAGGGGGACUCGGAGCGGGCCAAGGGGCGGCUCCGGCGGGCGGACUCGGAGCGGGCGGCGGAGUGACCCGGACAGCUGUCCUCUCUGACACCGCCCCGGCCUGCCUCUUUGUUGCCAUGAGAGCUGCCUACCUCUUCCUGCUAUUCCUGCCUGCAGGCUUGCUGGCUCAGGGCCAGUAUGACCUGGACCCGCUGCCGCCGUUCCCUGACCACGUCCAGUACACCCACUAUAGCGACCAGAUCGACAACCCAGACUACUAUGAUUAUCAAGAGGUGACUCCUCGGCCCUCCGAGGAACAGUUCCAGUUCCAGUCCCAGCAGCAAGUCCAACAGGAAGUCAUCCCAGCCCCAACCCCAGAACCAGGAAAUGCAGAGCUGGAGCCCACAGAGCCUGGGCCUCUUGACUGCCGUGAGGAACAGUACCCGUGCACCCGCCUCUACUCCAUACACAGGCCUUGCAAACAGUGUCUCAACGAGGUCUGCUUCUACAGCCUCCGCCGUGUGUACGUCAUUAACAAGGAGAUCUGCGUCCGCACAGUGUGUGCCCACGAGGAGCUCCUCCGAGCUGACCUCUGUCGGGACAAGUUCUCCAAAUGUGGUGUGAUGGCCAGCAGUGGCCUGUGCCAAUCCGUGGCGGCCUCCUGUGCCAGGAGCUGUGGGGGCUGCUAGGGUGGUGCUGGCAUUCCGAGUCCUGGCCCUCCUGGGAUCUGGGGCCCUCGGGCCCUGCCUGACCUGGUGCUUUUUUCCCCAUCCCCAUGUUCCCUUUAUUCUGUAAAAAGUUAGUGGACUGCAGCCCUGGGGGUUGCAGGCUGCGGUGCCUCAGGCCCCUCCUUCAGCCUGUGGCCACCUCUGGGGCACGAUGGGGGCUCCCCACUGCCCAGUCUCUGCCCCUUGGGUUGGGGGGGCAUCCCAGGCCUCUCUGUGGGACCUGGGCCCCUGAUGGGUCUUCUCAGCCCGUUUUGAGGUCAGACAGUCCCCCAUUCACAGUCCCCCGAGGUAGGCUACAUCCCCCCCACCCCAGCUGGUCUGCUUGGAUUUCCUACAGCCCCCCUGGGCAUGGACCACCUUUAUUUUAUACAAAAUUAAAAACAAGUUUUUACAAAA